AUGUCCCAACUACAGCGUGACGAGCCUCCCUCAUACGAGCAGCAUCCGCCUCCUCAGUCCCCAGGAGAUGGUGGACCACCAGGUUCGUCAGAACCGACAUCCUAUCCUUCCGCAGCGAAAACUGCCGUCAUCAUGUUCUCGCUUUAUAUCUCAAUCUUUCUCGUCGCGCUCGACCGCACCAUCAUCGGACCCGCUAUCCCGGAAAUAACGAAUAAAUUCCACUCUUUGGAUGAUGUAGGAUGGUACGGAUCGGCAUACAUGCUUACCUCUUGCGGCUUUAUCUUGCUGUAUGGUCGUGUGUAUACCUUCUUUCCCACCAAGACUGUCUUCCUCUCCGGCAUUUUCAUGUUUGAAGCCGGAAGUGCAGUAUGCGGGGCCGCGACCUCCUCCCUCAUGUUGAUCAUCGGUCGAGCCAUUGCGGGCUUCGGAAGCAGUGGCAUAUUCACGGGUGCGAUCCUGAUCAUGCUCAACACCGUCCCACUCCACAAGCGUCCAAUGCUGCAAGGUCUUUUUGGUGCAUGCUUUGGCGUCGCAUCAGUGACCGGUCCGCUGCUUGGAGGCGCGUUUACCGGUUCGGCCGCAACCUGGCGCUGGUGCUUCUACAUCAACCUGCCACUAGGAGGAAUUACGAUUUUGGUAGUCGUCCUGCUGCUGCACUUGGAGGAGCACAAGCCCCGAAUGGAGACGUGGAUGGAGACCAUCAAACAUCUCGAUCCGGUUGGCACCGUACUCUUCCUUCCUGCGAUUACGUGCCUGCUCCUUGCACUGGAAUGGGGCGCCGCGGAAUAUCCGUGGAGCGACCCUCGAAUCAUCGCGCUUCUGACGGCAUUUGCGGUGCUCUUCAUGGCUUUCAUAGCGUGGCAGUAUUUCACGCGAAAAACGACAGCGACAGUCCCAGCACGAAUUCUCUUCCAACGGAGUGUCGCAUUCGGAGGCUUGUCUCAAUUCUGCGUCGGUGCGACGAUGCUGACGGUGUCGAUGUACGUCCCUCUGUGGUUCCAAGCCAUCAAGGAAGUCAGCGCCAUGAAGAGCGGUAUCGACAUGAUUCCGCUCGUCCUAUCCGUCGUCGUGGGCUCAAUCUCAUCUGGCGCGCUCGUGCAGCGCGUAGGUUACUACACGCCGUUUAUGAUAGUCGGGUCCUGUCUUAUGGCUGUCGGUGCCGGACUGAUUACCACGUGGAACAUGGGAACCAAGAGCGGCGAGUGGAUCGGAUUCCAAGUCAUCCUCGGUCUCGGUGUAGGCUGGACGAUGCAGCACCCUAAUCUUGCAGUCCAGAUCGUGCUGGCAAAGCAGGACGUUCCAACCGGCACCGCACUGCUCUCGCUCUGCCAAACACUAGGCGGAGCGGUGUUUGUCGCAGUCGGACAGAACGUCUUCAUCGACAAGUUCACCAGCGGCCUCGAGCAAAUCCACGGCAUCAAUCCGGAGAAGUUGGCUAGCGCGGGCGCAACACAGUUGAAGAAUCUGGUUCCCGCGCAGUUCCAGCACCGAGUCCUCGAAGCCUACAACAACAGCCUUACUCAGGGCGUCUUUUUCGCAGCCAUGAUAGUCGCCUGUUUAGCACUACCUGGUGCUUUAGGUAUGGAGUGGCGCAGCGUGAAGGAGAAUCAGCAGCCACCUCAGAGGCGCGUGGCGGAGGAUGAUGUAGAAAAAUUGGGGCCGGAAGCUAUCAGGCAACCACUGCGACCUGAUGCUGACAGGAAGGAGGAGCCGGAGAGGUCAGACACUCCCGAGCUCGAGUCCCUGGCUCCGCCCGUUCCUGCGUGGAGAAAGAUCUAUCGAUCCAGCGGGCAGUUUUCGCAAUGGAUGACUGCGAGGGUGAACCCGGACCUGAGGGACGAGUUAGACAGGGCGAGAUGA